GAGUCUAGUGUGUGAACAAGAUCAUCAGAUUGUUCUUACUUCAAUACUCUAGCUAUCAUAUCCGAUCUGUACUAUACAUAUAUAAACAAUAAUGGAGAACGGCAAUCAUGUGAAUGGAGUCGUCGUCAAUGAGUUUUGCAUCAAGGACCCCUUGAACUGGGGUGUGGCAGCUGAGGCGCUCACCGGAAGCCAUCUUGAUGAGGUGAAGAAGAUGGUGGCUGAGUUCAGGAAUCCGUUGGUGAAGCUGGGAGGAGAGACACUGACGGUGUCUCAGGUGGCCGGGAUCGCAGCUGCUAAUGACAGCAACACCGUGAAGGUGGAGCUGUCGGAAUCAGCUAGGGCUGGGGUGAAGGCCAGCAGUGAUUGGGUUAUGGAGAGUAUGAGCAAAGGAACCGACAGUUACGGUGUCACCACCGGCUUUGGCGCCACCUCUCACCGGAGAACUAAGCAAGGUGGUGCUCUGCAGAAGGAGCUCAUUAGAUUUUUGAACGCCGGAAUAUUCGGGAAUGGAACGGAAUCAAGCCACACUCUCCCACAUUCGGCAACAAGGGCCGCCAUGCUGGUCAGGAUCAACACCCUCCUCCAGGGCUACUCCGGCAUCCGAUUUGAGAUCUUGGAAGCCAUUACCAAGUUCCUCAACAAUAAUGUCACCCCUUGUUUACCCCUCCGUGGUACAAUCACCGCCUCCGGUGACCUCGUUCCCUUGUCCUACAUCGCCGGCCUUCUCACCGGCCGUCCCAACUCCAAAGCAGUUGGCCCCACCGGAGAAAUCCUUAAUGCUGAAAAAGCCUUCGCCCAAGCCGGUGUCGAAGGUGGGUUCUUCGAGUUGCAGCCUAAAGAAGGCCUAGCACUUGUGAACGGCACCGCCGUGGGUUCCGGGAUGGCAUCGAUGGUGCUUUUUGAAGCUAAUGUGCUUGCAUUGUUGUCGGAAGUCUUAUCGGCCAUUUUUGCUGAAGUUAUGCAAGGAAAGCCCGAGUUCACCGACCACUUGACUCACAAAUUGAAGCAUCACCCGGGUCAAAUCGAAGCUGCAGCCAUCAUGGAAUACAUUUUGGAUGGAAGCGAUUACGUGAAGGCUGCACAAAAGGUCCAUGAAAUGGACCCUUUGCAGAAACCCAAACAAGAUCGCUACGCUCUCCGCACAUCGCCCCAGUGGCUCGGACCACAAAUCGAAGUCAUUCGCUCAGCCACCAAAAUGAUCGAGAGGGAGAUCAACUCCGUCAACGACAACCCAUUGAUCGAUGUUUCAAGAAACAAAGCCUUACAUGGUGGCAACUUCCAAGGAACCCCAAUCGGUGUUUCCAUGGAUAACACCCGUUUGGCCAUCGCAGCGAUCGGGAAACUCAUGUUCGCCCAAUUCUCCGAGCUUGUMAAYGAUUUYUACAAYAAYGGGUUGCCKUCGAAUCUCUCCGGUGGGCGUAAUCCAAGCUUGGAUUACGGGUUCAAAGGUGGAGAAAUCGCCAUGGCUUCCUACUGCUCCGAGCUCCAGUUUCUUGCAAACCCGGUGACCAACCACGUCCAAAGUGCCGAACAACACAACCAAGAUGUCAACUCUUUGGGUUUGAUUUCCGCAAGAAAAACAGCCGAAGCAGUCGAUAUCUUAAAGCUCAUGUCAUCCACAUACUUGGUCGCUCUUUGCCAAUCCGUCGAUUUGCGACAUUUGGAAGAAAACAUGAAAUCCACCGUCAAGAACACCGUAAGCCAAGUCGCCAAGAAGGUCCUAACCAUGGGUGUCAAUGGCGAACUCCACCCAUCAAGAUUCUGCGAAAAAGACUUACUUCGUGUGGUCGAUAGAGAAUACGUCUUUGCCUACAUUGAUGACCCAUGCAGCGCCACUUACCCAUUGAUGCAGAGACUCCGACAAGUCCUCGUAGACCACGCUCUAAACAACGGCGAAACCGAGAAGAACACAAACACCUCCAUCUUCCAAAAGAUCGCUACUUUCGAAGACGAAUUGAAAGCCAUUUUACCCAAAGAAGUCGAAAGUGUUCGAACCGCAUAUGAAACCGAUUCUUUAUCGAUUCCCAACAGGAUCAAGGCUUGUAGAUCAUACCCAUUAUACAGAUUCGUUAGGGAGGAGCUCGGCGGAGGUUUCUUGACCGGCGAGAAGGUGACUUCGCCUGGGGAAGAGUUCGAUAAGGUGUUCACAGCCAUGUGCAAGGGUGAACUCAUCGACCCAUUGUUGGAGUGUGUUGAAGGGUGGAAUGGUGCACCACUUCCAAUAUGUUAGGAGUCAUGAUCGCUUUACUUGCUACUUCUUAAUGUUUUGCUUUAAUUUUGUUGAAUUUAUGAUUCAAAUUUGUACGUGUUGUCUAUGUCUCAUCAAAGACUUCUGUGUUGUGUAUGUGGUUGUAAAUCAUAAAUAUUAACUUAUUUUAUUAAUUUUGGUGUUUUUAUUUUG